AUGGCCUCGAAGCAAACCUCCAAGUCCGGUGGCAGGGACCCUUUUGUUCGCAUGCCAGAUACAAUCAAGAACGUGCUGUCUUCAUACGGCGGGGGACCCUACGCUAACAAUAUGGAAGGACUCAUGAACCACCUUGCGACCCAGGAUCUUGACUCCUUGGAGGCUCUCCUCGCUUCUGUUAGUGGCAUGAGUCCAUCUGCAGACCAGCUGGAGAGGUUUGAUUACACCACAGCGCCUGUUCGCAGAGAUUCGUUCUGGGUCGUGCAGCUUACACCGAUGGGGUUUCUAGGGCAGGAUGGCCAUUCCCCUGGAAGCCAACCUAUCUUCUCUAUUACUAUCUAUGACGACAUCCUUUUUGGUGCAGAAGAACCCACUGCCUGGCCUGCCAUCUUCAGACUUCGUAUUGAAUCAUCGCCUACAAGGUCAAGCCACACAUUGAUGCACUCCGGCCUUUCCUGGAUUCGCUCCCCAAUCCUUUCCAGCUGGCGUCUCGAGACACCGGAAGAGACUGAAGAGGUAGCUACGGGUGUCCAUGGAUUGAACGUUGCAGGUGUCGCCAAGGGGAUCGUGACCGCUGAGUCGGAGAAGGCCCUCGGAAAUGAGGCAGUGGGGCGAAAAGACCGGGCGGAAGCGCUGAAGCAUUACACUGAGGCGAUUGAGAACCUCGUUGAGGCGUUGGCUCAGAAGCCGACGGACGCCGAAACGAAGCGUUGCAAGAAUUUACUAAGCGUGUGCCUAUCUAACCGCGCAGCGGCACAUCUUUUAGAAGGUGACGGUAGAGACCCCAAGAAGGCUCUGGAGGACGCUGAGCAGGCAACCGAGAUGGAUGGGAAUUAUGGAAAGGCGUACUACCGUCAAGCCAAAGCAUACCAAUUUCUAUCUGAACCGCCAAAAGCAAUUGAUGUGCUUACCACUGCCCUUCGGAAACCGAGCAUCGCUUCUGACAAGGGGUUGAAUGACGCCCUCGUAGAUGCAUAUGGAGGAUUCCCAGAAGAUGACGAGGAACUACGAAAAUUCUGUCGAGAACUAUUUGUAAAUGGUGAUGGUGACAAGCGCGCGAGGGGUCUCUCUGAAUUUGAGCGCAGAGCGGAAGCGCAUGCAAACAAAGUAUUGGGCGCUCAAAUAUCUGUGAAGAGCCUGUGA